AUGUUGGCCCUUUUGGCUGCCGGCUCCGUCUUCUUCCCCGGACUCUUCCUCGUCUCCAAACGGACGCUGAGACUCAUGACAGGAUGGAACGAUGGGGACGCUGCCAUCGUGUCCACACGACUGGUGUCGUCCGUUCAGGCCGUCAUGGCGUCAUCAGUCGGUUGUGUCAUUGCCUCGUCCUGCAGUGAUGUCAUCGAGGACCGUCAUUGGCUGACCGACACCUACAUCCUGUUUGCCACGCCGUACUUUGCCUACGACAUCUACGCCAUGUUCCUGUGCUACUGGCACAGGCUGCAGGUCAAAGGUCAUGAGGAGGAGGAUGGGGGAGGAAUCAAGUGGAGGCGAGAUGCUGUGGUUGGUUAUCUGCGCAGAGAGAAGCUCAUGGUUCUGCAUCACGUCUUCAUGGUGGCCUUCUGCUUCCCCGCCUCACUGCUGUGGAGGCAGGGGAAAGGUGAUUUCUUUCAGGGCGUUUUGUUUCUGGCUGAGCUCAGCACGCCGUUCGUCUGUCUGGGGAAACUCCUGAUCCAGUUUAAGAAGCAGCACACUCUGCUGCACAGAGUCAACGGGUUCCUCCUGCUGCUCACCUUCUUCAGCUGUCGGGUGUUGCUCUUCCCUUACCUGUACUUCUCCUACAGCAGGUUUGCGUCCGUCCCGCUGUUCUCGGUUCCCCUGUUGGCCCCGUGGCAGUGUAACCUAGGGGCCUCUCUGCUGUGGCCCCUGCAGCUCUACUGGUUCACGCUGAUCUGCAGAGGAGCCCUCCGCCUCUCAGGAGGACGGACACAGUCGACGGUUCGAUUCCCGGCCGAGAGCAACAACAGCUGUCAGUCUCAUCAGGAGGACGGAGGGAUGGAACCAAAACAUCUGAGACAUGACGAGUGA